AUGGCCGAUUCUGCUUUGGCACUGUGUGGUGUCUUUUGCGGUUGUCAAGCAAAUGUGUUUCUGUUAGAGCUGAUCGCGGUGAAAAGCUCUAACAUCUUCUAUGCUCUUACUUUUGCGCAAUAUGUGGUCGUUGCACUUCUUUCCUUGCCGCUUGUGUGCGUUUUCACUGCUGCGCCACAUGGGCGAGGCUGGCGGCCUCCUCGGCUGCGGCCUAUGCGGUUGCUGAUGUCGCACAAAGUGCUGCUUGCUGUCUCCGCGUGGGUCAUGUCAGUGAGCAGCAACUUGGUUUUUGGCUUGUACAUUUCUGUACCCCUCCACGCUACGUUCCGCUCAUCGUCACUUCUCUUGAACAUGCUGGCUGGAUAUUUCUUCUUGGAGAAGCGCUACACAGCCCUACAGGUGCUCUGCGCUGUAACAUUAUCAGGGGGUCUUGUCGUCCUCACGGUGGAAAAGUCAUGGAAGUUGCAAGAUAUUGACGCUGCAAAGGGACAGUCAACGCCUGAUGAAUACUUCUGGUGGGCCUGCGGAGUAGUAGUUCUUGCUCUUAGUACUGCCUUCUCAACUGGUCUUGGCAUUUUUCAGGAGCAUAUGUAUGAGGUGGCACGACACCACGAGGAGGCAGAGCAAAAAAAAGAGAAGUUGACCAUGUCAUCAUCAUCAUCAGCAACAGCGAGAGCAGCAACAGUAUCGCCGCCACCGAUGUGGGCGGAGGCACUCUUUUUUUCUCACCUUUUGGCUAUACCAUUGUUCUUCUUGCAGCCGUUUCGUCUGCUUAGAGAAUUCGCAUCCAUUUCUCCUGAGAGCUACACAAACUUUUUCCUUAAUACUGUAACACAGUACGUCUGUGUGGCUGGGGUAUACGUGCUGAACGACAAGACGUCUGCCUUUACUCUGAUUCUGACGCUGACGCUGCGCAAAUUGGGUACCUUUGUGCUUUCUGUUGUGUACUUUGGUCACUACCGUCAUUUCAGUGGCUUGGAGUGGGGGGCAAUGAUGGCGGCGCUGGCUGCUGGCACAGUAUACCCGCUGUUGCCAAAGAACCAGGCGGUGACAUCUGCGAUUCGUCGCACUGCCAAGCAUGAUAAAGUGGCGUAG